UUUUAAUCUUGUUUUUCAGAAUUCCUUACAAAUAUUUUGAGCUCUAACAAUGGAAAAUGUCACCAGGUCAACGGUUUUCUGGAGUCUGAAAUCCCGGUGUUCCCAGUGAAUUUCUGAACUCAGCUUCAAGGAACCUUUUUUAGAAGUUUAGUUCAUCGCGGUCGAGAGAGAUGCCGGAUGAGAAGAAAAAGGUGUUUAUAGUGCAGCCGACCUCUAACGGCAGGUUUACCGUUAUACCACACAAUACAGAGGAGGAACCAAAAUACCCUGUUGGAGAAUAUAUAGCUGUAUUCUGGCGAACAUGGUUGGUUGUGUUAGCUCCGUUUAUACUCAGUCCUAUCAUUCUAACAAGCUAUGGGGAUCCAGAGACGGACGAGGCGAUGAAGUGCGCCUAUGUGAUUCUGUUGAUGGCAACCUACUGGAUGACGGAGGCAUUACCCUUACCCAUCACAUCAAUGAUACCAGUGGUAGCUCUACCCCUGCUAGGGUUGAUGUCUACUGGAGAAGUAGCAAUCAACUACCUGAACUCGACGAACUACAUGUUCCUGGGUGGCCUCAUAAUGGCUAUAGCCGUAGAGCAUAGUGGACUUCAUAACAGAGUAGCUCUGAGGAUAAUUAUGAGGGUUGGAACAAGCCAGGCUAGAUUAAUGCUUGGGUUCAUGUUGACCACAAUGUUCUUGUCCAUGUGGAUCUCAAACACUGCCACCACGGCCAUGAUGCUUCCCAUCGUCGAUGCUGUCGCAGAGGCGAUCAAUACAAAGGCAGAGAAGGAGGAUAAAUCUCCAAGGGAGGAUGGGGAUAAGGAAUCCAACCAUGCCUCCGAAGAGGAGGAUGAGUUUAAUGAUGAUGAUUAUGAUCUUCCUUUCAACCAGAGAACGUUUACAUCAAUUAACCAGUUAUCCAUGAAUCAACGAACUCUUCAAUCUCUUCAAAACCAGAUGACCGUGACCUCCAUAAACUCGUUGAAUCCUGCAAAUGACCCUGACAGUAUGGUCGCCUUUCUACCAAAUGUUCGCAGAAAUACAAUGGAAAGAAUGCCUUCCACUGAAGAUCAAAGGACAAGGUUCCGCCGAAGAAAUGACAUGGAACGACAAAGAAAAAAUUCAAGAUUGGAAAGCAUUUCUCUUCUUUCAAAGGAAGAAAUAAAGGAGUUGCAGGAAGGUCAGGAGAAUGGAAGUCACGUAAUUCAAGUUACUGUUAACGAGGAAGCCUUGGAUUCUAAGGAAGAAACUGAACGAAACUUCUUACUGAUGGGGAUAGCUUACGCUGCUAAUAUCGGCGGUACCGGGGUUAUUACAGGAUCCCCUCCUAAUCUUGUAGUACCUGAUACACUCAACCAGAAGUUUGGUCCGAAUACAGGAUUAACAUUUGCAUCUUGGAUGGCGUUCAGUAUACCGAUCAUGCUAAUAAAUACAAUACUGGCUUGGUUGUGGCUUCAAAGAGUACAAAAAUGGUAUUUGAAGGGAAAGGAUGCCGGCAGAACAAAGGAGCAGGAGGAUCGAGCAAUGGACGUUAUAACGAAAAAGUACAAACAGCUUGGCAAGAUGUCUCUUCAUGAAUUUCAGGUUUUUAUUCUGUUCCUGAUACUACUAAUCUUAUGGUUCUUCCAGAGUCCAAAAUUUAUGACUGGUUGGGGAGAUCUUUUCAGAGUGAAGACAGCUAAAGGAAGCAAGGUUUCUGUGGGAGCAGCUACACCUGCAAUACUCAUGGCGAUAUUCUUAUUCAUUCUUCCACAGAAUUAUGAAUUCUGGCCAUUUGCUCCGAUGAACCGCAGCCUCCAGAACUCCCCCAGCCUCAUAACCUGGAGGCUGAUAGAGACCAAGAUGUGCUGGGGAGUGAUCUUCCUUCUUGGCGGAGGAUUCGCCCUGGCCUCCGCCUCACAGAGCUCUGGUCUCUCCGCACUGCUGGUGCAUCAACUAGAGAAACUAAACCUGUCUUCUCUACCAAACUGGCUGACGAUAACCAUAAUCUGCUUUCUGACGGUAACGAUCACGAACGUUGCUUCUAACACCGCGACCGCCAACGUCUUGGUUCCAAUAUUAGCGGAGAUGGCGGUAACGAUGUGCAUCAACCCGAUCUAUAUGACACUACCCGCCGGAAUCGUUUGCUCUUACGCGUUUGCGCUUCCCGUCGCCACUGCUCCCAACGCAAUUGUAUUUGGACACAGCACAAUGAAGACAAUGGAUAUGAUGAAGGCUGGAUUCUUUAUGAACCUAGUCUGCGUCUUAACCAUCUCCUUCGCCAUCAAUACUUACGCAAUUCCACUCUUUGCCCUUGACGCAUUUCCAGACUGGGCCAGUGCAAGGCUGGCAAACGCAUCAAUGUGUAGCAGCGGAACUGGAAAUCUCACUUCUCUCUAAAAAAAAAUGACAAUAUGUCGUCUUUUCUCUAGAAAAUGUACAAUAUAUGUCAUAUGAUCGUUACUUGUCAAAUUAUAUUUACAUACACGGCAAAAGUCUAAAACAUAAAAACUGAACAAAUGAGUAAUAAGAGUUUUAUGUUUUUUGACAUACCUUGUAUAUCAGUUUUAUGCUUCUUAGCAUGUCAUUUUUGGACUUGACAACUGAUCUAAUGUAUAUCUGUAACCGUUACCAGACUUGAAAGGGAGACAAUAGAUACCUUAAAAAACGCCAACUUUAAAGGUGACCUUGCCACAUAAAAAUUGUUGUCACUCCCUUUAAAGAGAUGUUUAAAUCUUGCUAAAUAAAUAACCCCGGUUUUCUUAAACCCAACCCGGUUAUCAUAUAUAUUAAUAUAUAUAUAUAUACGAUUAUGUAGUUACCAUUAUAGAUAUUAUUUAUAAUAUGCUCAAUAUUAUUCAGAAAACUACCGGUUGUUGUUGUACUCUUUAAACCCUCCAAAUGUGUACAGUGUACAAUUUGUACAUAUAAAACACCGCGUGCAAUACGCAAUUACAAUUACUUUCAAUAACUUGUACAUAUGUGUACACACAAGCUUUUUAUGAAACAACACCUGUUAUUAUGUACUGAAGUUGUGAAUUGUAUGUAUUACCGGUGAUUUGAUCUUAGUUAAGGAUCUGUUCGAAAAUGUCUGUUUUUGCAUUUUUAAAAUAGUUUUUCUAAUUUUGAUGAUUUAUCGUUAACAUAGGUUAACAUUAUACCAGGUUCAAUUCUCGGGUAUUUUAAAUGUGAUUUUAAUUGCAAAAUUAUGAUUGAUAUUUCCCAGUUGGUGUGUGUCACGUAAAAAAAAGAAUUAUCUCUUAUUUUCGAAAUGGUUCAAAAUAGGCCUACAAGAUGUUGCCUAUUUUUUUUACACUUUCUUUGGUAAACUUGUAAAUUUUACCUUGCACCUGUAAUCAAUUAAAGAUUUAAUUCGUUUUCUCAACUUUAGUUUGAUAAUUAAACACUCGCACAUGAAUUGGUUAUAUUUGUCCUGUUGUUUAUCAGUUAAACAAUUAAAAACUUAAUUGUAAUAUAUAAAAUGAUAGAGUGCUUUUCACAUAGCUUUCAAAUUCUACACAAAAAGUAUUUUCUAAUAUUAAAGAAUAUUGUGAAUUGGCAGUUGGCUAACGGUGCUUUGUAACCAACUUUAAAUAUGUAUUCAAAAGUAUUAAAUUGGUGCCUCCCCCUUCAACAAUAAAUUACAUUGACCCCAAACCCCAAAACUACUACUAUCUUCUCCUUUAAAGCGCCAUUAUUAAGAAGUUUUACAGAUUAAUUGAAGAGAUCUCGUUUCUCGAGCUUGUGUACACAACAACCUUCAACUUAAUAUACAGGGUGUCCCACGAAACAUGACACUAGCAAGACGAAUUGAAAGUCGUCUUUUAACUGUUAAACUAUUGGUGACGUUCAGUCUUCAACCUUCUUUUACAUGCAUGAUUCCUGAAACAAUUACCACAAAAUUCGCCUAGUCCUGCCGUUUUCAAAAUGUGGUCUGCUUUUUUUGUGCAUUCAGUAUUACCGGAGAUAUUAAGAAUUUCGUUCAGAUUUAAUUUUUAUUAAAUAAAACCAAAAUUGUCCAAAUCUGAAGGAAAUUCAUCAUAUCUCCGGAAAAAUUGAAAGCACAAAAAAGGCAGACCACAAUUUAGAAAUGCAAAGACAAGGGGUAUUUUGUGAUUAUUAAUUCUAGAAUUACGGCAUUUACGAAAAAAUGCCGUAAAUUAUUUCAAAGUUCUAAGACGACCUUCAAAAUCGUCUAGCUAUUGUCAUGUUUCGUGGGACACCCUGUAUCUGAAAGGGCUAAGUUCAGAUAAGGUGUUUUGUACAGUGUUGCCCACUAAGGAUGAGACUUCUUGGAGUCUCGACCAUCCUGGGUUACACUGUGUGUAAACCUGACCUUAAGUUCAUUGUCUCUCAGAUAUUAUAUAAAGGUUGAAUUGUAGAGAAGUAUUUCUGUUAGAUCUAUAAAUAAAACAGGAAGUACAGGGUUUCCCUCGAAAAAUGACAGUAGCAAGACGAUUUGACAGUCGUCUUUGCUACUCUGUCAUGUCUCGUGGGACAUCCUGUAUUAUCUUAAAUGUAAAUUACUGAUGUGAUAGAUUAAUGAUGAUGAAUGUUUCCUGUUAUUAUACAGAAAUAAAGCAUAUAAAAGCUUCAA